GAAGUGCGCGCGGGCGACGGCGCCUCUGCCCUGCCGGGUGCGGUGGACGCUUACCGUCGGAGCCGCCAUGAGCAAGCGGAACCUGGUGUCGUACGUGCGGCCCGCCGAGCCCGCCUUCCUGUCCCGCUUCAAGGAACGAGUCGGCUACCAGGAGGGGCCCACCGUCGAGACCAAGAAAAUCCAGCCUCAGCUCCCAGAUGAUGAUGAGGACCGCAGUGACAAAGAAGAUGAGCAGCCUCAAGUAGUGGUUUUAAAAAAGGGAGACCUAACAGCUGAAGAAGUCAUGAAAAUUAAAGCAGAAAUAAAGGCUGCCAAAGCAGAGGAAGAUCCACCUCCAGCUGAUGGGAGAAUCGUAUAUCGAAAACCAGUUAAGCGUUCCUCGGAUGGAAAGUGUUCAGGUUUGACAGCAAGCUCCAAGAGAAAGAAAACAAAUGAAGAUGGCGUAGAUAGGCAGGGCCCAGUUAGAAAGAACUCACAGAAGCAAAUAAGAAAUAGUAGUCUCCUUUCUUUUGACAAUGAAGAUGAAAAUGAGUAAGUAUAAACAUGUGGACUUGGUUUCCUUUGAAAGCAAUGAGGUAUUUUUUAAAACAUUAAUUUUCCUAUGUCUUAAAAUGACAUUUUCCCCAAGUACUUCAGGUUCAUUGCAGAAAGCCUCAAAAACACAGAAGACAAACUUGAAAUAAAACCCAUCCAGUAAUGCACCCUUUACUGGAAAUGUUAGACAUUCACUACUGUUAACAUUUUAUUACCUCCCACCUGUGGGUAUGUAUAUAUGUAAAUUAUAUUUUUAAAUAAAACUGAGAUU